UCCGAAGAAAAUGACGAGGUUCCUGAGCUCCAAGUGGCGUCUCCUAACUGGGGCAGCCGACGUGCCUCGUCCCAGAGACGUGAUGAUGAGGGUCGGCAGAGCAAAUCUGGCCACUUUUUGGAUCCGAAGGCCCUAGAGGAACAACUACAGGCUAGACGAGAUUCUUCAAGUAGCCGAAGGACAUCACUAGCGGAGGCGAUCCCCGGUUUCCCUAUGCUGAAGCAUCGUGAGACGCCUAAAGCGGAAAAAGAGAAGUUCCUCGAAGAGCUUCAGGACACGAAAGUCAAAGAGGGUCAACCAAAGGUGGUUCUCAAAUGUACCUUCUGCAAAGCUAACGCUCGUUUUCGCUGGUACAAAAACAAGCUGGAGAUCUUUCAAGGUCCAAAGUACAACUUUCUGCAGUAA